CUGUUUUCAGGUGGCCCCUCUCCGCUACCGCUUGGACCAGGUCCUGUGGUAGGGACAGGAAAUCCUCCGAUUCUUGGACCAGGACCGGUAUCAGGCCCGGGAGUUGCUAUACAAGCACUUCCUAUACCUAUUGGGGACCCAGGACCAGUGAUAAAACUAGGAAAAGCUGUAUCAAGCGGUUCACUCGUGCCAAUGGAUUUAGAAUCUGAACUGGUUAUACUUCCAAGAAAAACUGUGUCAAGUCCUACCUCUGAACCGAGAGAUCAAGGACCAUGUCCUGUGAUAGUCCCAGGUUUCGUGAAAGGAAAAACUGUGUCCAUUUCUGGACCUGGAGGAGUACCUCUUAAUUUAACGCCUCCAUCAGGGACAACAUAUCCAGCAAACUCUCAACCUAUCCCUGGAGUACCGCCUGCGGCAGUAACAGGGCUCUUACUUCCUCCAUACUAUCCACGGAUUCUUUCAUCUACUCCCAGUCCAAAUCAACAGGGACCAGGACCAGUUGUAUUAACGACAGAGAAGUCUCUCCUUCCUCUUGGACCAGGUCCAGUUAUAAUGCCGCCAGGGAGCGAACCGCUUGAUUCGAUACCAAGCCCUGUGGGAGUGCAAGGAAAUCCUCAGGCUCUUCCUGGAUCAGGACCGGCAACAACCCCGAAACCACCACUUCUUUAUGAAGAAGCUGAUAUGUGA